AUGAGGGUCUCUAUAAUAUCAUUUAUAAGUAAACUACUACUUACAUUUAUCGUUGCAAAGGGUGCUGAGCUAGAUGAUAUUUUCACCAAUAUAGUCCUACCUCAAACAUCAAAUCUUCCAACUUCAUCAUGGGCUAUAGAAGCUGAUUAUUCUUUCCCAGACACAUCAAAAGUAUCCAUUGGUGAUACGUUCAGCUUACACAUGCCUGGUGUUUAUAGAGUUAAAUUUUCAGGGACUUCAGCAACUUUAUCAGCAACUUAUAAUGGUGAAGAAUUGUUCAGUUGUACAUUUUUUUCUGGUGCUUAUAUAUUGGAUUACUCAGAAUUAAAUUGUGAAGUUACAAAUGAUUUAUCAAAAAUUAGUGCUAGUCUUACGGGCACUCUUGAUUUUACAAUCUAUUUUGGUGCUGGUGGUAGUGCUCAUGAAGUUGAUAUUGAGGAGGCAAAUACACUUAAAAGCGGUACAAAUACUAUUAUAUUCAAUGAAGUUUUGUCUGAUACAGUUACAUUCUCAUCAACAACUUUUACAAAUGACGUCUUCAAAUAUGCUCAUACAACUGGGUAUGAUAGUGUCCAAGAAUAUAUUUUAUUUCCAGGGUGCUCAUCUGCUGAAUCAGAUUUGACCAUUAGUUUCGAGUUCGGAUCGUCUGUUUCUGGUAGUGGUGAGGUUCCUUGCUCUAAUGUUCAAGUUUAUAUGACUGAUGAAUUGAAUGACUGGAUGUUUCCAAAAUCAUAUGAAGAACUUCCAGACGAAAAUGACGUUACUUGUUCAGCACUUGGUGUCGGAGGUACCAUCAAAAACAUACCAGCUGGAUACAGAGUAUUUGUUGCCUAUACACAAGAUCAAGGUGUUUCCUCUCAAACUCUACAAAAUGUGAUUAGUUACAAUUACGAAUGUAAAAAUCCAUUUUUACCGUCUACUAAAACAGAUAAUCUUGAAUGGAAUAUCGGGGUGCUUGCUAGAACCGCUACAGCUGAUGUUGUUCCUAUUUAUAUUGAAACUACAGGAUAUACAGGUACAACUACCUCUUUCACAAGAACUAGAGAUAGUGUUUCAGCUAGUGGUGAAACAUUUAUUGUUUACACACCAAUACCAUCAACUUAUUGGACAACAACAACCAAUUACUGGUCAAAUUCUUAUACUUCAACUGAAUCAACCAUCGAUUCUGGCUCAUAUACAGGUACUGUUAUCAUUGACCUACCAUUAUCUUCUAGCUCAAGUGUUGUGCCAUCAAGCUCAUCAAUAGCUAUUUCAGUUUCAUCAUCAUCACCAUCAUCAUCACCACCAUCAUCAAGCUCCAGCUUAUUUCCGUCAAGCUCAAGUAUGGCAUCGCUAGCAUCGUCCAUAACCUCAAUGAUGAGUGUGAGCUCUUCUUUCAGUGAUCGUCCAAGCUCCCCGAGCUUUGAAUCUAGCUCAAGCUCAGAUUCAAGUUUUAUUUCAAGCAUUGCUUCUAGCUCAGAUAGCUCCAGUUCUCAAAAAAGUUUUAUAUCAUCAAGCUUUUCCUCAGACUCAUCGUUAUCUAGUGCUACUCAAUCCUCUUCAAGCGUGGAUCUGGAAUCAAGUAGCUUGAUUUUCAGCACAGAAAGCUCUAGUAGCUCCCAAUUCCAAUCAACCUCUGUCGUUUCUAGCUCAUCCUCAAUUUUGUCUCCAUCAAAUGGCGGGUUAACAUCAAGUGACAGCAGUUCAAGCUCAAACUUACCAAUUUCAUCAUCAAUUUCAAGCUCUGGUGAUUCAAGCUCACUUUCUAGUUCAAUUGAAAGCUCUUUUGUCAGCACAUAUUCUUCUUCAAGCUCACGUUGGUUAUCAGUGUCUAGUGGUUUAAGUAGCAGCUCUAGUUCAGAUUUUUUCAGUUUCCCGUCAAGCCAAUCAGUGGCUUCAAGCUCAAUAUCAAGUUCUCCAAGCUCAUCAUACAUUUCAGCUUUUACAUCAUCCCUAUCUAUAACUAGUGAUCUAUCUAGCUUCAGCUCAAGCCAAGAAAUUUGGUCCGAAUCUUCAAUUUCAGUCAGUAUCAAUUCAGGAACAGGCUUUAGCACUACAUCAAGCUUUGAAAGAUCUUCAUUAUUUUCAAGUUCACCCUCUAGUAUAACUCUGAAAUCAUCAUCAAGUUCUGAGGAGUCAUCUAGCUCAAGUGAAGUAUCUGAAUCAGACUACAUUUCAAAAAGCUCAAGUGAUAGCUCAAAAUACUCUUCUAGGAGCUCCGUUUUUGUGGGAAGCUCCUUCCAAAUCUCCAGCUCAAGUUCCGCUGCUGCUUUACCAUCCAGUUCAAGCUCGCAUUCAUUAUCAAGCUUUUUAUCGUCGAGAGACUCAUCAAUCUCAUCGAUUGAAUCUUCAAGCAUAGAAAUGUCUUCAAUAUCGUCAUUCUCCCCACUCUCACCGUCAUCCUCUUCAGCUUCGUUCACAUCUAUUACAACUCCUGAGAUUUUAUCAUCCUCACUUUCAUCACAAUUAUCAACAGAACUUUCAUUUUCCAGUGAAACUCCAGAAUCAAACAGCUUACCGUCUCAAAUAUCACCGUCAUUACCGUCAUCAAUUUCAAGCACUUAUGAGAUUAUUAGCAGCUCAUCUAGCUCCUCUUACACGCUAGAUCCCGCAUCAUCAUUUGUUUCUUGGUCUAACACUUCGGUAUCAUCAGUUUCUUGGAUUUACGCUAGUUCGGAAAGCUCAAUAGAGGUUUCAAGCUCUCAAAUUUCAAGUAGGGAGUCAUCAGCUGAAGUUUCCAGCCCACCAAGCUCAUCAUCCUCAAGAACAGCAGCAAGCUCAUCGUCCUUUUUCAGCACAGGCUCAGAGUCUUUCAUUGAAACUCCAAUUGCUUCAAGCUCAACAUUUUCAAGAUCCUCCUCAAGUGUUUCAGGGUUAGAAUCUUCAAUCUUUUCAUUUUUGAGUGACUCAACUCCAUCAUCCCAAGAUCCAGUAUCAACUUCAUCAACCUCAAGCUUGUUAUCGGGUUCAUCUUCAGAUUCUUUUACCUCAGUUUUAUCAAUCUCAAGCUUGUCAUCAACUGAUGCUUCAACCUCAGAGUCACCAAAUUCAGGCACAUCUUCAUAUUCAUCAACUUUAGCUUUAUCUUCAGGUUUUUCGUCCGCUUCAUCAACUUCAUCAACAUCAAUAGCUUCUGCUUUAUCAUCAGCCUCAUCAUCAGCUGUAUCAGCUUCAAUUUCAUCAACUCUUACUUCAUCAUCAACUUUAUUGUCUCUAGCUUCCUCCUCAAAUUUAUCAUUGGAAUCAGAGACAUUGACUUCAACCAUAGCUUUAUCAUCUAGUUCAAUUUCAUCAGCUUUAACUGUCACACGAAUUUCCUCUGAAGAAAGUUCAUCAUAUACAACAUCGAGCUCACUUAUUUCAAGAAGCGAUAUCACGUCAAGCUAUGAAUUAUCUUCGUUGUUAUAUUCAUCAUCUAUAGAGGCAUCAUCAUCAAGCUCCAUAUCUUCAGAGUCACACUCUGAGUUCUCAAAAGUAUCAUCAUAUUUUUCAGAGACCUCAUUAUCACCUUCAUCACCACCAUCACUACCUUCAGGAUCCAGUGGUGCAAAUAUUUCAUCACCAUCAUCUUUAGAUAUGAGCAGCGUUAGCAAUGUUUAUUCAACCAAAUCAUCAACUGAACAAUUUAUUGAACCAUCAACUAGUUCAGUUUCGUUUUCAUCUUCUGCACUUUCAAGUAAAGUGUCUUCAUCAGUGGUGUUAUUACCUGUCUCAACUUUAGCAUCUAGCUCAACCACAAUGUUCCCAAUAGCUGAGUCAAGCCAACCACAUUCAGCUUCGAGCUCAUCGUCAAAAGUAUUUCAAUCAUCUUCAAUUUCAUCAUCCCAAUAUUCAAGCUUAAGUCCAAGAUCAUCUAUUACGACAAGCUUAGAAUCAUACACAUUAUCACAAAUUUCUUCCAACUCCUCAUUGACUUCUUCUUCAUCAACAAUAAGAGCUAGCUUAACAGAGAGCUCAUCAUUGGCCACAGAGUCUAGAUCACUAACUUCAGAUUAUAAUGAAGAGUAUUCAUCAUCAACGCCUGGUUCAACUUCAGGAGUAAGUGAUGUUUCCACAGAGCUAUCAACCUCAAAGUAUUGUGAAUCAUCUUCAUCGGUUUUUGAAUCAAAAUCUACACAAACUAUAAGCUCAAAAUCAUCAGUGUCAGUUACAUAUUCUGGAACAUCAAUUGACUACAGAUCCUCAAAGACUUCAAGUGAAAUGAAUGAUGAGCCAUCUUCACCAGUUUAUUCUGCCUCUAAUACUAUUGGAACCCAAACUGUUUCUUCUGAAUCAUCUUGGACAGACAUUACAUCCUCUACAAUGUCACCAGAUCCAUCUUCAACAACAUAUUCAACAUCAGCUAAUAGUUUGAGCUCGGAAUUUAAAAGUUCAAGUGUCGUUGAAUCAUCUUUAAAUGCUUCAUCAGCAUCAGGAAUAUCAUCAUCAUUUACCAUAGAGACUUCAGAAGUGAGUUCUAGAGCUGUUAGUAAUGCAGUUGAAUCUUCAAGUUCUAGUUUAAUAUAUACUCAUACAUCAGUUGAUAACCAAAGAUCAUCACAAUAUGGAUCAUCAAAAUCUAGCAUUGUCUCAAAAUCAAUGACCCACUCAAGUGCUAUAGAAUCAGAGGUUAAAUCUGUCAUUACAGAUUCAUCAAACUAUGUUUCAUAUUCAAGCUUUUCAGAUUAUAGCACAACAAGAUCCUCAGAUUUAGAACUAAGUUGUUUGACUUGCUCAUAUCCAUCACCCUCAUCAACUACUGAAGCAUCACCAGAGAGCCCAAUCAGUGCUUCUAAAACUGAAUUAUCAACUGGACAAAGUGAAUCAACAUAUUAUUCAUCUAAAAGAUUACCUCAAGAUUCAUCAUCAGAAUCAACUAAAUCAUCCACUACAUAUUUGACUCCUUCAUCUUCCCCAAAUUCAACAUCAAAAGCCCCAUUGAUUGUUGAUUUACAAAGCACCACAGUCAAUAAUCAAUCAUCUUCAGUCCCUAAUAACCAAAGAUCAUACCAACUCACUGAAUCUACAACUACUAGUUUACAAGCUCAAGGUACAACUAUAGGUGAACCCCAAAUUUACUCAUCAAUUUCAUCAGUUCCAACGAUAACUUCAAGCCCUCUUAAUGUUCAAUCAACUGCUACAAAAUCAGAAUCAACUAACCUACACUCUACAUUUCAAACUUCAACAUCAUCUGCAUCAUCUGAUACACAAAGUGUGCCUUUUGUCUUUGAAGGGUCAGCUCAAUCAGUAAAAGCUCCGGUUUCACCGAUUAUGUUCAUUUCAAUUUCAAUGAUCAUUUUCAUUUUCAUUAGUUUGUUUUAA